CACGCCUAUAUAAAUAGAGAAGGCUCCAAUCUCAACACCCGCUCUCAAACACUCCCCCUGAAAAGAAUACUACGAAAUCCAUAGUUCAAUGGCAAAAAGAUCACUCGCUAUGUUUGAAUGCCAAUCACUCGUGGAGAAUUUAUCGCCUUUCGUAGAUACCAAACGCCAAAAACGCUCUUCCGACAUAGCUGUAGCGACCGAGAGUACAACAACAACAACAACAACAUGUUUGUUCCCAAAAGCGGAUAUUGGAUACCCUGAAUUGUCCGAAGAACCAAAUAGCGAUUGGGAUAGAAGCGUUUUGUGUAGGAUCUGCGUUCGAUUACCCGACGGGAGAAGAGUGCAGAGAAAUUUCCUCAAUUCAGAAUCUGUUCAGCUUCUCUGGUCGUUUUGCUAUUCUCAGAUUGACCAAUCGGAGAGGAACAUGCCUUUCAAGCUGUUUCAAGCGGUUCCCGGUUAUUACAAGACUCUUUAUUACGGAUCUUACACGAGUUUCGAACAGUCUGGACUAGCCAACUCUUUGAUCUCUGUGACUUGGAUGUGAAGAAAAAGGUCUUUUUUCUUGCUUCUGUUACUCAGUUUGUAUUUUGUAAUCUCAAAUUCAACAUUAUUCUCGUAA